CGGAUGGAAAUAGUCAAACGAAGAUAAAUUCGACGAGUGGUUUGUCGCAGACAAACGGGAAGCGAAAGUCAGCCGACGGUAGAAUUCGCCGUCGGAUUUCCGGCUGUUCAAUCGACUUCAGAAUGCGGCGGCAUGCGUCGUAGCAGCGCGCGGCCAGGGAAAUGCUGAAGGAAGUUGGCUGCGGGAGCGCUACACCCCCGCCUGGGGACGGCGGCGGGGCGAACAAUCGGCAGGUCGGCGCGAACGAGGGCGGGAACGGCGGCAACGCCGGCGGAGGUGGUGUCAGCGUCGCCGAGGGUGCCCUCGGCUGCGGCGGCUGCGGAAGGGAAAUCGCCGAGCGCUGGUAUCUGAAGGCGGCCGAUCGCGUAUGGCAUUGCGGCUGCCUGCGCUGCUGCCGCUGCCGGGUCCCCCUGGCCGCCGAGCUCACCUGCUUCGCCAGAGACGGCAACAUCUACUGCAAGGAGGAUUACUGUAGGUUAUUCGCGGUGUCCCGAUGCUCACGGUGUCGCGCCGGUAUCUCCGCUUCGGAAUUGGUGAUGCGCGCUCGCGAGCUGGUAUAUCAUGUGGCGUGUUUCACUUGCGCCUCCUGCGGCACCCCGCUGAACAAAGGCGACCAUUUCGGGCAGCGGGAUGGACUGGUAUAUUGUAGACCUCACUACGAGUUGCUGUGCUGUGCCGGGGAUUACGGAGGUGCUGCUGGUAGCAUCGAGGACCUCGGUUCACCGGGAGUGUCGCCGCUGCCGGCCUACUACGAGCAGAACCCGAUAGCCUCUUCCGGCACGGUGCAAAAGGGUCGGCCUAGGAAGCGGAAGCUGUCGGAAGUCACCGGCUCCGAGCUUCCUGUCACGAUGAGGCUGGCCGCUGGAGCGCUCGAAUUGCUGCACCCCACGGAAUUGUCCUCGUCGAUGGAGUCGCUGGCUGCAUACGACGCGUCCGUAGGCUCGCCGGGUCCGGUGCAUCAGAGUCAGCGGACGAAACGCAUGCGUACCAGCUUCAAGCAUCAUCAGUUGCGAACCAUGAAAACUUACUUUGCGUUAAAUCAAAACCCGGAUGCCAAGGACCUCAAGCAACUCGCGCAGAAGACCGGCCUAUCGAAAAGGGUGCUGCAGGUAUGGUUUCAAAACGCGCGCGCGAAAUGGCGACGAAAUCACAUGCGACAAGAGAGCAGCAACGCUGGCAGCAACGUCGGCUGUUCAGGAACGCCGGUCUCCUCCAGCACCGGCAAUUCCCCGAACGUCGGCCCGGCCGCCAGCAUCCUCGGCGACAGCAACAGCAUGCCCUCGACCUCCAUGGAGGAGCUACACGCUCUUCAUCAUCUGCACUCUGGUGUCUCUUCUCAGGUCUCCUUCUCGGACCUCUAUAGACGACGGCUGGAGAUGGAGGAGGAUGCUUACAGCAGCCUCUCUAGCCAUCUUGGAUGAGGGAUUAUUACGCUUUCUCGAGAAUCAAUUCCGAGGAACUCGGCAAGCCGAUGACAAAACCAUCAUCGUCGUUUCUAAGAAGAAUCACUGAUAAACAUUCGCGUUAGCUAUUGGUGACUUAUCAUGGCAACGGUCGCCACGUUUGAGUCUGGGCUGUGUGCCGAAACGUCCAGAGUGAUUCUUAUCGUGGUGGGUUUCAAGAUAGUUGCUUCAAUUCCACAGCAGCCUACAUUGUUGAAUUCCACGCAAAGUAACAUUGUACGAUUGGUUCCUUCAGAAUUCGAAAUUCGGCGUCAUUUUGUAGACGGAAUAAAUAACUCGAGGACGUUAAAAAAAUGACGUUGAAUUUUACAAAGGAAGUGACUCAUUGAGGGAUCCUCACGGAGAGGUGGUCUAGUCAGAUAGAGUUUAGCGGGUAACGAUUUCGAAGGACGAUUAUGUUAAUAAGUAAUCAGUGAUAAUAAUCAUAGUUCCAUGCACAUCCGAAUUACCAAAGAUUACCAGACGAGGAUAGUAAGAAUGUAAUCUAGAUAUAUAUACAAAGAGGGUGUACGAUUAGUGAUUAUGUCGAUAAUUAUCGGUAAUUAUCGAUCAACUCGGGGCCUCGAAUACCGAUCAAUGUACGGGGUGUUCCAAUGAAGAUGUCAGCAACAAAUACGUGUGCUCCUCAAGGAACUCGAGAAAAAAGUUUUAGUAUAGAUUUCAUUCGCUGUAAAAAGGUUUAUAAAGAUUUGAUAAAUUAUUUUAAUUUCGUCGAAUAUUUCAC